AUGCACGUGAAGAAGUACCUGCUCAAGGGUCUGCAUCGGCUGCAGAAGGGCCCUGGCUACACAUACAAGGAGCUGCUGGUGUGGUACUGUGACAACACCAACACCCAUGGCCCCAAGCGCAUCAUCUGCGAGGGGCCCAAGAAGAAGGCCAUGUGGUUCGUGCUCACCUUGCUCUUCACCUCCCUCGUCUGCUGGCAGUGGGGCCUCUUCAUCAAGACCUACCUGAACUGGGAGGUCAGCGUCUCCCUCUCCAUCGGCUUCAAGACCAUGGACUUCCCCGCCGUCACCAUCUGCAACGCCAGCCCCUUCCAGUACUCCAAAGUCCAGCAUUUGCUGAAGGACCUGGACGAACUGAUGGAGGCAGUCCUGGAGAGGAUCCUGGGUCCCGAGCUCAGCCAGUUCAAUGCCACCAGGACCCUAAACCUCUCCAUCUGGCACCACACGCCCCUGGUCUUUAUCAAUGAGCAGAACCCCCACCACCCGGUGGUUCUGGACCUGUUUGAGGACAACUUCAAUGGCUCAGCAAGCAGCAGCCCGGCACCAGGAAGGCCCUGCAGCGCCCACAGGUGCAAAGUAGCCAUGAGACUAUGCAGCCACAAUGGAACCAUGUGCACCUUCCGGAACUUCAGUAGCGCCACCCAGGCCGUGACGGAAUGGUACACCCUGCAGGCCACCAACAUCUUCGCACAGGUUCCAAACCAGGAGCUGGUGGCCAUGGGCUACCCCGCUGAACGGCUGAUCCUGGCCUGCCUGUUCGGGGCAGAGCCCUGCAACUACAGGAACUUCACGCCCAUCUUCCACCCUGAUUAUGGCAACUGUUACAUCUUCAACUGGGGCAUGAAGGAGAAGGCCCUCCCUUCAGCCAACCCCGGACCUGAGUUUGGCCUAAAGCUGAUCCUGGACAUGGGCCAGGAAGACUACGUGCCCUUCCUCACGUCCACGGCCGGCGCCCGGCUGAUGCUUCAUGAGCAGAGGUCAUACCCCUUCAUCAAGGAAGAGGGCAUCUACGCCAUGGCGGGGAUGGAGACAUCCAUUGGGGUGCUCGUGGACAAGCUGCAGCGCAAGGGCAAGCCCUACAGCCAGUGCACCAAGAACGGCUCUGACGUCCCCAUCCAAAACCUUUACAGCAGCUACAACACGACCUACUCCAUCCAGGGCUGUAUCCGCUCCUGCUUCCAGGAGCACAUGAUUCGGGAAUGUGGUUGUGGCCACUACCUGUACCCGCUGCCCCACAAGAGGAAAUACUGCAACAACCAGGAGUUCCCGGACUGGGCCCAUUGCUACUCUGCCCUGCGCAUCAGCAUGGCACAGAGGGAGGCCUGCAUCUACGCCUGCAAGGAGUCCUGCAAUGACACUCAGUACAAGAUGACCAUCUCCAUGGCCGUCUGGCCUUCCGAGGCCUCUGAGGACUGGAUUUUCCAUGUCUUGUCUCAGGAGCGGGACCAAAGCAGCAAUAUCACCUUGAGCAGGAAGGGGAUUGUCAAGCUCAAUAUCUACUUCCAAGAAUUCAACUAUCGCACCAUUGAAGAGUCAGCAGCCAAUAACAUCGUCUGGCUGCUCUCGAACCUGGGCGGACAGUUCGGCUUCUGGAUGGGGGGCUCGGUGCUCUGCCUCAUUGAGUUCGGGGAGAUCAUCAUCGACUUCGUGUGGAUCACCAUCAUCAAGCUGGUGGCCCUUGCCAAGAGCGUGCGGCAGAAGCGGGCCCAGGCUCGCUAUGAGGGCCCGCCACCCACCGUGGCCGAGCUAGUGGAGGCGCACACCAACUUUGGCUUCCAGCCGGACUCAACCACACCCGGCCCUAACUCGGGGGCCUACCCGCAUGAGCAGAACCCGCCCAUCCCGGGCACCCCACCCCCCAACUAUGACUCCUUGCGCCUGCAGCCGCUGGAUGUCAUCGAGUCUGACAGCGAGGGUGAUGCCAUCUAG